AUUUUCCCGAACAGCUGCGGUUUUGUUUUGCAGCUUGCUCUGAGGGCUGUGAAUUCUUGCCGGUCAGCGUACGGCUGCGUUGUCUUCUCUCCCCUGUUUUUCCAACAUUACCAGUGGUCCACCUCCGUGGGAAUGACUGAUGACAACACAAAGGCAAAUUUAAAUUGCAAACUGGGAAUGAAGUCAAUUCUGCCCAUCUUUAGAUGUCUGAAUUCCCUGGAAAGAAAUGUGGAGCUGUGCAAAAUAUUCACCAGAUCUGAUAAGUGCAAAGUAGUCUUUCAAUUCUUCUGCAGACACGGUAUCAAAAGGACUCAUAAUGUGUGUUUUCAAGAAAGUCAGCCUUUGCAAGUUAUUUUUGAAAAGAAUAUGUGUACUAAUACACUGAUGAUUCAGCCAAGAGUGCUUGCUGAGGCAGUUGUUCUUUUCACGUCAAGUCAAGAGGAAGUUACUCUCGCUGUUACUCCACUGGAAGUUUGCAUUAAGAGUUCUAAUGAGGAAUCAAUGGAUUUGAACAGUUCUGUAUACAGUGAGAUGUUUGUGGGUCCAGAUGAAUUUGACUUCUUUCAAAUUGGAGUUGACACUGAAAUAACAUUUUGCUUCAAAGAAUUGAAGGGAAUGCUGAUAUUUUCGGAAGCUACACAUGCUCCUAUAUCCAUGCAUUUUGAUUUUCCUGGCAAACCUAUGGCUUUAAGUAUUGAUGAUAUGUUGUUGGAAGCUAACUUCAUUUUGGCUACAUUAGCUGAUGAGCCAAGUAGAGCAUCUUCUCCGCAAUCACUGUGUCUUUCACAGAAACAAAAAGGGUCAGAUCUGAUAUGUUCAAAUUCAGAGGCUGGUAAAAAAGAGAGCAAGGCCAUGGAGGCCAUCGCGAGAAGAGUAGCACCCAAAAGGCUUUACCCUGGGGGGACUCCCACCAACGCCAGUCCCACAAUGAAAAGAGUGAACGGAGACAUUGACAUUGGUGAAGUAACCGAAAACAGUGUCGGCAACACGGAGGAAGAGCCGGGGUCACCACAUCUCAGGAAGUUUUCUAGCAUGUUCUUUGGAGCAGUUUCCUCCAGCCAGCAAGAACCCUGCGACAACGUUCUCGACAGCCUGGCAACAGGAAGUGACAGUGAAGAGGACAUGAGCUAUGGCAGCCCUUCCAUAUUCUAA